CAAAAAAAAAAAAAAAAAAAAAUUGGGAGCAAUCAUAAUGAUUAAAGGAUGGUCUGCAAACUGCGUGCUGUCUGCUUCCAUUUUCAUCUUGUACGUACUACUGUUGUGUUCCUUUCAUGUUUAUUCUACUGCUAGAAAUUCUUUGAGGCAUGGCCAGUGGAUUAAUGACAAUGAAGAAACUCUGGUUUCGGCUGGAAGAAAGUUUGAAUUAGGAUUCUUUAGUCCUACUGGAAGUUCUGGCAAUAAAAGAUAUGUUGGAAUAUGGUACGAGUGGGAUAAGCGAACAGUUGUAUGGGUUGCCAACCGAGAUCGCCCGCUUAACAAUGCCGCUGGAACUUUCGGAAUUGGAACAGAUGGCAACAUCCAGGUACUGGAUACGAGUACUGGGAACGUUCAUUGGUCUACCAAAGAUUAUUCGUGUGAUUCGUGUACAACUACGGAUAGGAUUGUAAAUCUCACGGAUUCUGGAAACCUGGUGUUAUACAAUAAUGAGAGCGGGCGUAUCUGGGAGAGCUUUGACCAUCCAACUGAUACAUUUCUUCCAGGCAUGUUGAUGAAAGCAAGAAUGAAUUUGACUUCUUGGAGAGACGGUGAUAACCCUGGAAAUGGCGACUUCACGUUUAUGCUAGAUCCAGUAGUAGGAGAUAUGAACACACUAAUCAUCGACAGAAAGGGAAUUAUUUACUGGAAAACCGUUAAGGAUGGUCUAUUCUCUUUCCUCGACAAUUCUAAUUCAAGUGAAUUGUACUUCUCUUCCUUCAUCACAAGAGAUUGUGAUAAUCCAUAUAGUCGAAGUUGUAAUACUAAUGGUAAUGGAAGGUUGGUGAUGAAUUUUAGUGGGAAGAUAGAGUAUUGGGAACACAACAUGAAUAGGACUUGGUCCUUGAUAAAGGCGGAGCCCCGGGACAAUUGUAGUGUGUAUAAUUAUUGUGGGAAAUUUGGUUGCUGCAAUCCAAACAAUAAAUUGGAAUGCAAAUGUUUGCCAGGGUUCGUGCCUAAUGUCCCUGAGAAGUGGCAUUCUGGAGAUUUUUCGAAUGGGUGCGCCAGAAAUUCCUCAUCCUGUGGUGACGGCGACACUUUUUUGAACUUCAAGAUGUUAAUUGGGUUAACCCCAGAACAAAUGCUUACUGUAAAUAAUGAAAUGGAAUGCAAUGAGACGUGCCUUAAAAGAUGCGACUGCAAGUCCUAUUCGUAUAAAGAAGGCUUAUGCUGGAUUUGGACGCAGGAUUUAUAUAAUCUUCAAGACGAGUAUCCUGAUGGUUAUAACCUCUCUGUCCGUGUAGCAAUUUCCGAUAUAGAGCCAACUGUACGAAAUUGUAAGCCUUGUGGCACAAACAUGAUCCCCUAUCCACUAAGCACGAGCUCAAGUUGUGGUGAUCCUAUGUACUUCAGUUUCGAUUGCAACACUACCUCAGGUCAAGUUAGUUUCAAGGCACCAAGUGGUACAUACCAAGUCACCAGUAUCGAUCCAAAUACACGGAAGUUUUUUAUCCAAGUCAAGGAUGGACGAAGUCUACGGCUAAACCAGACGUUGCCAUUUAAUUUAACUAGCCCAAGAAACUCUAGUUCUAAUAUUUCAUCUCAAGCCACAAAUGAGGUUGAGAUUGUUUGGGACCCACCGUUGGAGCCAAUCUGUAAUUUAACUGCAGAUUGCAAGGAUUGGGCAAAUUCAACUUGCAAAUCAGCAAGUGAUGGGAAGAUGAGGUGCCUUUGCACCAAAAGCUUUCGAUGGAAUGACACAAAUUUAAGUUGUACGAAAGUAUCUUCACCAUCAAGAAAAAGGAUGACAUUGCUUCUUUUUGUUGGAAUAACAAGUAUGAUUGUUCUGUGCGCCAUUAUUUCUAUUUCUAUGUACAUAUGGCGAAGAAAGAAGACCAAGAGAAAAGAAAAUAAGGAAAUUGAUCGAAGAAAUCAAGCACAUCGCAUGUUAUGCAGUGAAAGCCAUGUCCAAGACUUGAUAGAUUUAGGUGAGUUCAAAGAAGAAGAUGAGAAAGGCAUAGAUUUACCUUUUUAUGAUUUGGAAAGCAUUAUAGCUGCUACAGAUAGCUUCUCAGAUGAAAACAAGCUUGGACAAGGAGGCUAUGGGCCUGUUUACAAGGGUAAGCUUCCAAGUGGUCAAGAAAUUGCAGUAAAGAGACUUUCAAGAGUCUCAAGCCAAGGUUUAAAAGAAUUUAAAAAUGAGGUGGUAUUGAUUGCAAAACUUCAGCAUCGGAACCUUGUAAGGCUCUAUGGAUAUUGCAUAGAAGGGAAUGAAAAGAUUUUACUUUAUGAGUACAUGCCUAACAAAAGUUUAGACUUCUUCAUAUUUGAUCAAAAGCGAAGUGUGAUUCUGGAUUGGGAGCUGCGUUUCAACAUUAUUUUGGGAAUUGCUCGAGGGCUUCUUUAUCUUCACCAAGACUCUAGAUUAAGGAUCAUUCAUAGAGAUUUGAAAACCAGCAAUAUUCUUCUAGAUCACGAAAUGAACCCCAAAAUAUCUGACUUUGGAUUGGCGAGGAUUGUUGGUGGCAAACAAACAGAAUUAAUCACAAGCAGAGUAGCUGGAACUUAUGGCUACAUGUCACCGGAGUACGCAUUAGAUGGAAUCUUCUCAAUCAAAUCCGAUGUUUUUAGUUUUGGUGUAGUUCUACUUGAGAUUAUAAGUGGAAAGAAGAACACUGGUUUUUAUCGAUCAGAACAAGCAAGUAGCCUUCUAUGUUAUGCAUGGAGACUCUGGACCGACAACAAGCUAUUGGAUUUAAUGGACGAGACCCUACGGGAUACUUGCAUUGCAGAUCAGUUUGUGAAGUGCCUAAAUAUUGGCCUCUUAUGUGUACAAGAUGAGCCAAGUGAUCGCCCAACCAUGUCAAUUGUAAUCAAGAUGCUUGAUGGUGAAACGGUGAACCUUCCAACUCCCAAACAGCCUGCAUUUUUCAUAAGAAGAGACCAGUCCAGCUCAACUUCUUCUAAUAGACCUGCAUCAAUUAUUGAAGUAACGAAUAGUCUAGAAGGACGAUGAUGCAUGCCAAGGUUCUCAUGAGUCUUGUUAUUAUUAUUAUCUUAUAACUAGUCGCAAACCCACGCAAUGCGUGGGAAUAUAUAAAUAUUAUGUA